GAGUGGAGCUAUUAACAUGUGCUGUGGGUCCUUGCAGACCAUCCCCAUCUGGCAGAACAAGCCCCAUGGCUCGGCUCGCAGCGUGGUCAGGAUGAUCGGCUCCAACCUGCCCCUGAAGCCCUGUCCCAGGGCCACCUUCGAGGUGCUGCCAAGUGUCUCAGAUCUGUAUCUGGGUGAUGUGCCCCCCGUGCCCACCUUGGCUGACAUCGUGUGGAUCGCAGCGGAUGAUGAGGAGACCUACGCCAGGGUCAGAAGUGACACUCGCCCGCUGAAGCACAAGUGGAAGCCGAGUCCCUUCACGGUGAUCCAGAGGAACGCCUCGGUGCCCAACCUGAGGAAGCAGGAGGAGAAGCUGCUGGCCCUGAAGAAGCCUGGUUUGCCAGCCCUGAGCCGGACCACAGAGCUCCAGGAUGAGCUGAGCCACCUGCGGAGCCAGAUCGCCAAGAUCGUGGCUGCAGAGUCAGCCUCUGCCCAGCUGACCCCAGAUCUGUUAUCCCCAGGGAGCUCCAACGCCUCUUCUCCCGUCCAUUGCUUUGGACCCUCCUUCCAGUCCACCACGUCCUUUGUGAUCAGCGACAUCACGGAGGAGGAGGCGGAGCUGGAGAGCCCCGAGCUGCCCUCGGUGGCCGAGCUGCCGGCGGUGGCCGCGCUCUGCUCUGCCCCCGAGGGCCGGCCCGAGCCCCGGGACCCCGACGAGGAGGACUCCGUGUCCCUUUCCAAGGCCAGCAGCUUUGCUGACAUGAUGGGGAUUCUCAAAGACAUUCACAGGAUGAAGCAGAGCAAAGACUUGAGCCGCCCGGCCAUGAAGGAGGAGGACCCGGCCGUGCUCAUCGCAGAGGUGCUCCGGAGGAAGUUUGCCCUGAAGGAUGAAGACCUGGCCCUGAAGGAGAAGUGAUGCUGCUGCACUCAGCUCUGUAAGCAGAGUUCAUGCUCCCAAAACCUCCUCCACAGUAGCUGCCUUCUCCCAGGGAUUGAGCCUUUGCCUCUUUGAUUAAGCAGACACGGUUGGUGCACCGGACACUUGGUUAGGAAGGACCCUUUGGGUUUGAUGUGUUUUCCAUGUGCUGUUCUAUUUAAGAAAAACCUUUCUAAGAAGAUGGAAGCUCUUUGCCACCUGUGUGUGUUGGUGUUGGUGGCUGGUGAGGAGCUCCUGGAGUGCUGCUGGAUGAAGUCCUUUGUACCUGCACUUUUCCUUAGGUUCCAGUUAAGCAUUGAGCUAAGGAUAGAACCAGUUCCCACGCCCAGUAUGAGCAGGACAGAUCCCCAGUCCUUUAUCCUGAGGAUGCCAGAGCUGCUGAGAACAAGCUCAUGAGUGCUGCCAGCUCUCCAGGGCUGUUGGAUCAUGGUGGGAAAAGGUUUUUUUUUUCCCAAAACCCCCCUGGCUCGGGUCUGAGGGAUCUCAUGUGCCCUGGGUGUUCCUUCUCUCACAGAUCCGCCCACAGUUGCAUGACAGAAUGGCCUUAAUUUCUUGCCAGUAAUUUAAUGUCCCAUGACCAGUCCCUGCAUCCCCAACCUGUGUUUUAUUUGGCCUCCCAAAGGUCUGUUCAUUGACCUGGCACCAGUGCAGAGGGCAGGAGGAGCUUGGCCUUGGCUGUGGCUGCAGUUCCCCCUCACUCAGAGAGCUCCACGUUCCCUGCAAUGCCCCCCAUGGCUGUAUUUAAAGUACGAAUUUUUUUUUUUUUUCCUUUCUAUAAAAUGGAGCCUUAAUAAGACA